AUGCUUCAAGCUCAUUUUAAUGAAUUUGAAAAUACUCCAUUCUGUAUAUUAAAUGGCAGGAGCAAGGGAUGCAAAGAAGUUAUAUGUGAAGAAUCAAAAAUAUGUAUAAUUAGUUCAUCAUCUCUGAGUGUAUAUGAAAGGUGCAAAUCUUCAAACAUAAUUAAAGAUUCUUUGUUUGAUUGGUAUAUCGAUCGUGAUUCUGACCCCAGUUAUAUAUUAUCUUGCCUAUGGCUUGAUAAAAAUAUACUAUUUGUAGUGACUAACAGCAAGACAAACUAUGUAAUUGAAAUUAAGCAGAAUUUAAAAGAAUAUUAUAAUAUUAUUAGGAUACCAUUUUACAUAGAAGAUGGAGUAGAUAUUAUAACAGCUGAAACAAUAACUUUCAAGAAAGAGGUGCAUAAUGCAAAUGACAUUUCCAUAACUAUUGGUACACUAAUAAACAGUGAACAAUUCUACAUAAUUACAAUCAACCACACUGAAAACUCCAUUGAUUACACAUUAGGAGAUAAUAUUAGAUUAAAUUAUCCAAUAUGUAGGUUGUUAAGAUAUGGAGAAGGAUUUAUUGGAUGUAGUGAGAAGCAUAUACAAAAAUAUAUUAUAAGCAUGAGUAAUCAAAAAAUAAUUUUAGAGGAUCUGUAUUAUUUCGGUGAAUUAUUUAGUAUAAAUUCUUUAGAUUUGAAUGAUCUUAUCUUCUUAUCUGCAACAAUCACUUUUGAUCAGAGUUUUGGAAAUGAAUUAAGAAUUAUUGUGAAAAGUAUCUUAGACCAAGGAAAACAGAAUUUAUAUGAACUUGUAUUUACAUGCACCGAUAUAUAUUUGGUCAAUUUUAGCAAUUUUAUCAUUGAUAAUGUGGAGAAGAUCUUGAGUAUUGAAUACUUUAAAACUUCUGAUGAGUACAAAUUACUUACAACAUUUGAUGAUGUAGUAGAAAUAAUAGACAAUCCAAUGAAGAACAAUUUUUUGCAUAAAAAGAGAUAUUUUGAAAAUAUUUCGACGAAUUUUCUACCUCACAUAUACAUUGAGAAUAGUAAUUUCAGCUCAUAUAUUAGUUGUGGUAAGCUGAAUGAUACAAGUAAGUGGGGUAUAUUAAGAAUUGAACACCAAUUAAAUAGUUCAUCUACUACUACAAAUUGUGAUUCUUUGGAAUAUCAAACAUUUGAUUCACCUGAUAACAUUGAAAAACUCAAGACUAUAAUUCAAAAAUUUGUAGAAGACUCACCAAAAAUUGAUACUUUUGUACCAAAACUAAUGCAGGUAUUUUCUAAGUUACUGAGUAUUACAGAUGAUGAAGCCAUUUUUGAAUAUAUCUGCAAUAUUGUAAAGAAGAUAGAUAUGAAUUCAUCACAAUUGACAAGAGAACUAUUAUAUAGCACACUUGAAUUACUCAAUUCUUUAAAUAAUGAUGGCACGAAUAGAAAUACAUUUAUACUUCAAGAAUUGAUACAUAAAUUAUCAACAUUUGAUAUUUUGUAUGAUAUAAGUUCCAACUCCCAAGAAAUUUUUGAUAUUAUCUUCGAAGUUAUUCAAGAUUGCAAAAUAAUAAAUAAGAACUCCACUUGGUUUUCAAAAUGGUCAAAAUUUAUGUCAAUUAACUUGGUCCAUGUUAGCAUGUACUAUCUUUCACAAAAUUUAAUAGAAGAAUUUUUUACGGUUUAUGAACGGCAUUGUCACAAUUUUGGAAAUGGAGAUGCUGAUAAGAGAAACCAAGAAAUACUUGAGUUAUUGAACAAUAUUCCAAUAAAUUUACCACUGAAAUACGAAAGGAAAUUACCUCAUUGGUUAAGUGAACAGGUAAUUCCUUAUAUUCAAGAUAGGGAAAGAUUUUUAAAUUGGUUGGCAGAUCGUGCAAUCGCUCUAGAACACCAUAAAAAUGGAGAUCUCAAUUCAUGUUUAUAUUUGCUUUCGUGUAUAUAUGAAAAUAAUGGAUACUUGCGCUUUGGGUACAACAAAGAUCAAAUUUUACUUCCUAAACAAGUUGUAGAAAAUGGUAUUUUUUGGGCAGGAUCUGGUGAUAGACGAUACUUUAUUAAACGAUUAGCAUCUAAUCGUAUUAAUUAUGUAAACUUAGCACUUUUGGAAUGUAUCGAUAUUAAAGAGAAAUAUAACUUAAAUAUUAGUUUUAAUCUAGUUCUUCAUAAGCAAAUAACACCAAUGGAUAUUGUAUAUGAAUUGUUAAAUAGAGUUACUUCGUCCGAAUUUUUAAAAGAUGAGAUAAAAUAUAAUAUUAAACCAUUUUGCAAACUUCGUGGUAUUGAUUGUGAUAAAAUUUUACUAGAUUAUAUACAAGAUUUAAUCUUGGCAAGUAAUAGUGGUGAAAAUAGCCUAAACUUGAGUUCUUAUGAGUCAAAAGAUCAUACUAAAGAUCAGGAAAUUACGAGAAAUAUAUCUUCAAAGAUCAAACAAACUCAAAAAUACUAUGAACCCAGGAUUAUUACACUCAUUGAGUGCCUAUCAAAUGAUGAGUAUAAGGCUUGCGCACUUUUACAAUACCUAACUAUAUGUGGUCAAUUUGCAGAGAGUGGUAUUAGUAGUACCAAUAGCAACGUAUCAGGUGUUACAAAUUCUUCACAAUCUAGACUCGAGAAGCUAAUUAAUGACUCUAAAAGUUGGAGUUUAGAUGAUAGAAAGGUACUAGAGUUAAAAAAUAGAGUCGCAUUAAGAGAAGCACAAAAUUUACUUUCAAGAUAUCAUCUGGACCAGAUGGCAUCAAUUGUUUUAUUUGAAAGAGGUGCACCAAGAAGAUUACUUAACCAUAUAUUGGCUCAAAUAGACUUCGGUAUUGAAUCAUAUAAUGAUGCAAUAAAGCUCAUCAAAUAUUUGGGAAGAGAAACAGGUGUAUCCUUUAUGACAGUUAAUGAAGCGUGCUGUUUAAGACUACGCUUUAUUGUAUUCAAUAAUAAUAGGAUAUCACAAUGGACAGAAAAUAAGAAUUCAAAUGAACUGCAGCUCAAGAGCGACAAGGACUCACUAGAAAAGGACUUACUUGAUCUAUUUAAUUUAAUAAGUAAUUUAAAUGAUAAACUAAAUAUAACACAACAAUUUGUUUGUUUUAUUUGGCAAUUUUUGGAUUUUAUAUUAGAUAAAAGUAAUACAUCUCAAGCUUUAGUGAAGUGUGAAAUUGCUAUUUACUCUGGAAUAUUUUUACUCAGGGUACUCUUAAAAAAUUUAAAUUCUUCAAAUAAGAAAUAUGAUGAAAGUGCCUAUUGGGUUUCAAGGGAAGUUUUUAAUUCACUAGUUAGACUACAACAUUUACAUGAAGAAUUCAACCUUUAUAUAAGGCCAAGCGAUAUAAUGAUCAUGCCUUUUGAUCGUGAAAUAGAGGGUAUAUACGAUAACAAAUUUUUGAACAAUCCUAAUCAAGAUAACGAAGUUGAAAUUGAAACAUCAUUGACAAUAAACAGUAAUCCCUAUUUUGCACGGAAAAAUGAUAACUUCUCCCAAGAAAAAAAUGAAGCAAUGAAAACUAAAUAUAAGAACUGGGAAUGGAAAAAUAACCUUUAUCAUUUAAAUAGUAAUAUACGUUACUCUAAUUUAUGCAGGCUAUUCGAUAGCUAUGCAGAGGAAAUAGCCAUAAAAUAUAAGAAUAAUGGUAGAUCAAAGGGAAUUCUCACAAGCUUGUUACGCCUAGGUAAACUUAUUGGAGUUGGUGAAUCCUAUGUAAGGAAAAGCCUAAUUAGAUAUUCAGCUGCAGAUAAUAAUUGCUGUAUUUUUCAAUGUCUUAUACAAGAAUUAGUUAAGACUCCUUCACCAAAACUGCCCUAA